AUGCCGCGCAGAAAGGCCGCCGACCGUGCGGGCCCGGUGAAAACCCGGUCUCGUAGCGGCUGUCGAGAAUGUCGCGCCAGCCGCGUGCGAUGCGACACCAAGAAGCCCGUCUGCACCCGCUGUUUGGAGAAAGGGCUGCCGUGUUCGACCAAUCUCGUUCUGAAAUGGGAGUCCGAAUUUGUCCGCCGGGGCAUGGCUUUUGGCCGUACUGGCGUUUGGAGUAAAGGCCGCGCCGAUGCAGCUUCCGCCUCAGCCUCCAGCGCUUCGUCUCCCGCCUCCUCUUCGGAUGAUACGCGCAAGUGGUGUCCCCUGCCGGCAAUUCAUCCGUGGGGCUUCAUCAACAGCGGAAUGGCAAUGUUCGAGCACCCUGACCAGGUAGAUGUGGCAUUGAAUGAACAGCGUGUAGUUGUUCCGAUCAUCAACCAUCAUAUACCGAUCGCCGGUGAGGCGUCAGCUGGUCAAUCACCUUUUCGCCUGCUCUCCAUCGACGACAUACGUGGACUCGUUGCUUUCAAUCCAGCUCCUAGCCCCAGUCUUUCUCUUUUCCCAGGAAUCUCUGAAAUGGGCCAUACAGAGCUAUUCGACUACUAUCUCCAGCAGGUCUGCCCCCGCACUACCGCCAGCUCGACCGUGUCUUCGCCAUUCGCCUCUGUGGUUCUUCCCUUUAGCUUAUCUGCCUCUCCCACUCUGUUCAAAGCCAUACAAGCGCUGGCCGCAUGCCAUUGGUCCCGGGCUGAUCCGGUCUACAGCGCGCUUGGGCUUCGCCUGAAAUCUGAAACAUUGAGAGAUCUCCGUCGUCGUCUUUCACGUGAAGAAUCCUCCACAUACUGCACCGACCCGGAAAUUUUGCUCAUCAUGAUGAUGCUCUGUCUCUAUGAAAUUUUAGACAAAUGCGAUCAGCACUGGACGAUCCAUCUUAAGGGUGCCAAAGAUCUCAUUCGACUACGAAGGCAACGAAUGGCCUCGCUUCAGGAGUCAUCCAGUGCACCCGACCCUGCGACCGACUUCGCAGAGCACUUUUUUGCCUUUCAAGAUGUCAUGGGUCGGACUGCCUGUGGGGAGGCGGUCUUGUUUGGGAGUGACUACUGGAAGACUGAUGACCGACAUAUUGACUUAUGGAUGGGAUGCAGCCCUGAACUAGUCGCCAUUCUUUCAGCCAUUACCGAAAUGAGCCGAGCAAGACGACAGUUUGAGUCAGAUAGUUCUCGUGGCUCGUUCUCCCUUCGUGCUGCGUCGCUUGAGUAUCAGCUUGAGAAUUUAGUCCAGGAGGUAGGAGAUGGAGACGAUGAUAUUCUUGCAUCUGGAGCAGAAGCCAAACGACUGGCUGCCUUACUCUAUUUGCACUGCGCCCUCUACGGAGGUUCUCCAACCACGCCUUUGGUGGUUGAAUAUGUGCAUCGAAUCCUCCGGUUGGUCUCGGAUCUGCUUGAACGCGGGCCUAUGGCCAGUGUGACGUGGCCCGUUUUUGUGGCAGCCGUGGAGCUCGACCCAUCCCGCGACGAGCACUUGUCGGGACUGGACGGCAAACCGGUAUCGGGGCGUUCGGUUGUUCUCCGGGCCCUGGCUGCGAUGGCUGAGUCAACCAUUUCAAACAUCACCCGGACGCGUGCGGUGAUCGCCCAGGUGUGGCAGGCUCGCGAUCAGGAUCUUCUCAAAGCGCCGCAGAUGGAGGGCAAUGACUGGGAGUAUUAUGUGGCCCCCAUCAGUACCUCCAUGAGCUUGGCGUAA